AUGGCUGAAAAGAAAAAGAAGAAGGGAGGUGGUAAAAAGAAGAAGACUGGCGAAAAUGUCUAUGAAGCUUUACUAGAAUACAAAGUUUCCAUAGUUGACAAAGAACUUGAAGAUUGGCGAUUUCGCGUAUUUAAACUUGAAGAAGAAAAUGAAACUUUGAAGGGACGAGAUGCACAUCUACGUGAAGAAUGUGAAACAACCAUGAAAACUCUUGUCAGUGAAGCUUUACAAUUUGAUAAAGAAAACAUUAAUUAUCCUAAAGUUGGUAAAGAAGAUGUAAACGCAGCUCUACAUGACAAAAUGGAUGCAGCUGCACAUGAAGAAGCUGAAUUAAGAGAAAUUCAUGAUCAAAUGUUUAAUGUUGAAGUUGAAAUAUUCAAAGCACGAUGUAAAAUCAAGCAAUGGACAAAAUAUCGUGAUGUAACAUGUAUUGAAGAAGAACGUGCGAUUCAAUCUCUUGAACGUGAAGUCGCUUAUAUGAUAGAUAAUUAUGUUGUUCUCUCAAAAUAUUUGGAAAAAAAUACGAAAGAAGAACGAUUAGCGUUGACACAGAUGGCUCAGGAUAAAAUCGAACAAAAAACUCGAGCAGCUACUGAACGUGUUGCUAUGGGUCUUGAUCGAUUUACGAAAAAAAUGCUCAGCGAAAAUCAAUAUAUGACUCGAGAACUCAGUCUACGAGAACAAGAAUUAAUUGAUCUUGAAGAACAUGUUCGUACAUUGGAACAAACCAAUCUUGCUAUCAAUGAAAGAUUGAAUACUGCUAAUAUAACUGAUGCAACCAAUUUUACAAAUACAUUCAUGACGGAAAUUUAUAAUAAUGAUAUGGCAACAAAUGUUGGAAAUAAUUCUCUACUAGCCGUCGAUUUAGGUCAAUUGACGAUACGCAGUGAUAUCAGUGACAAAACAUUCGAACAAUUGCUCAAUGAAUUAGACCUAAAUACGUCACGAUUACCGGCAAUCGAAGAUGAAGAUACUAUUGUUUCGCCAAUGGCUAGUCUACACAUUGAAGGUACUCAUAUGCAUGUUCAAUUACCUCCAGUUCUUAAUGAAGAAGAAGAAAAAUGCCUUGAUUUCAAAGGGCCUACAUGGAUUGGUACUGCUCGAUUGAAACAAGCCCUUCGUAAAGCAUAA